GUCGACAAUUUAUGCUUAGGUAAAGUAAUGCCAGUUUACAUAGACAAUGACAGUUUAUGUGGGUUGAUGUGUAUUUUUGGUUUAUAAGGAGACAAAAGAAAAACGAGGAAAAGAUCUAAGAAGUUCAAACAAAUAUCUGAAAUGCAUGAGGUUGUUCCACCCAAAAAGAUCUUCACCACAGUGCUGGUGACAGAGAAGCAGCUGAUGUCUGUAGCCCGGGCUAUAGGACAGUCCUGGAGAGAGAUGGCCAUCAUGGCUCUUGAGAUCCCAUCUGUGAAGCUGGAGCAGAUUGUAGCAGACAACCCUGGUCAGGUGAAUCAAGUGUUUGCUGCUCUGCGCUAUUGGAAGAACAUCCAAGGGAACAAAGCCACUCCCACCUACCUCUACUCACUGCUCAGUCAACAGGAUUUCGACCUGUCACAAGAAGUUUUUAUGUCUUUAUUGGAGAACAAGUCAUGUUAGGGCACAUUAUGUUAUAAUAUGACUUUCAACAUUUUUAUAUGUAUAUCUAUAACUUUUAUUUAAUGUUGUUUUUACAUAAUCACAUUGUUACAAAAAAAUCAUGCGUUUUUUAUAUGUGCUUUCAAUACGACUGUUGCUCAAUUGAUAAUAUGCCUGUAAAAAAAAAUAUGUAUAUAAUCCAAUAAAUCUGAUUUUGGUA